AACAACCCCACAUGCGUUGAUGUUGAGAUCAAUUGGAUUUGGGGCGACCGGCCUGAAAAUACACGUUCUUUUGUGCCAGUUGUUUUUGCGUGAAACGCAAUAUGAACAUCAUCUUAUUUUUGACGUUUUCACCAGACUGUCAACGCUAUUGACAGAAAAUGUGUAUAAUCAGCAGGUGAUAUGGAAUGCAUAUUGCAGUCUUGAUAGGGACGAACUUAGCAUAGUGCAUCUCGCAUGGAACGUUGUAUGAGUUUUGCAGGACUGUGACUUGCUUGACCACGUGGACGAGAUUAGAGCCAACACUCUUUAAUAGAGCUUCCGUAUUUUCUGUAAAAUGAUCAAUAAAUUUCCAAUUAUGAGUUGUGUUUGUUUUUUGUCAUUUACAGUCCACAAUGCCCAAAAUGUAUUCUCAAAAGGAUAUCCUCGAUGCUGUGGGUGCGGUAAGACAUGGGAUGUCGUACCGGAAAGCUUCUAGCAAAUUCGGUGUCCCAGUCAUGACCAUCCAAAACCGGAUCAGCGGCAAAGUCGACGAAUUGGCACAAGCUGGGCGACCCACAGUCAUACCAACCGAAGUUGAGGUGGAGCUAGUUGAAAAAAUUAAACGGGCAGCGAACAUGGGAUUUGGAAUAACCAGACGAAUGUUGCAGGUGAAGAUUGGCAGAAUCGUCCGUAAGCUCAAAAUUAAGUCCCCAUUUAGAAAUGGCGUUCCUGGCAAGGAUUGGAUUGCUGGAUUUUUGAAGAUGCACCCAGACGUAAGCCAUAGGACACCACAGGCCUUAUCGACAUGCAGAGCAAGGAUGUUAAAUGCAACUGUGACCAAUAAUUAUUUUAACAAUCUUACUAGGCUGCUUGAGUCUCUCUCUUUACAGGACAAGCCUGUUCGCAUCUGGAACAUUGAUGAAACCAGCGUUUCACUUCUGCACAAGCCUGCUAGGGUGCUUGGGCCGUCCGGUGCGAAAAAUAUUCCCGGAAGGGUUGGGAAUAAGCGGGAAAAUGUCUCUGUCCUGGCCUGUGUUAACGCUGCUGGAGGCGAGAUCCCCCCUCUGGUUAUUGUAAAGGGAAAAACGUACAAAAGUUUGUUAUCUUACAAUACUGAGGACGGAUUUCCCGGCAGCGUUUACACAUUCCAGGAACGAGCUUGGAUGGAGGAUACAUUCGGUGAGAUCUGGUUUCGGGGCCAUUUUCUUAAACACUGUGGUCCAGCGAGGCCCCAGCUUAUAAUUGUGGACUCUCACUCUUCCCACGAGACACUUGGUCUCAUAGACGCUGCUAUAGCUAACGAUGUCCAUCUCUUAGCGUUUCCACCCCACACAACCCAGUGGUUGUGUCCUUAGGACAAGUCCAUAUUCGGUCCACUUUCAUUGAUUAACAUUGCGGUUAUUAACAGAUACUGAGUCUUCACUGUCACUCUCUAGCACAACAAACAAUUAAACUUACUAAAACAGCAACACAAAUCAAAUAAAACAACAAUUACAAAUAUAAAUAUGAAUUCGUUAAAAACUUUUAGUGUUGCUUACACGUACAUUAUGAAUAAGAUGUAAAUUACAGAAUCAAAUUUCUAAUAUGCACAUACAAAAAAUACGAAUUCAACAUGAUUUAACAUGAAAAUAUUUUAUUUUAAAACAAAUUUAAUUUCAUAUUUAAGUUUCUAAAAAAUAAAGUAGUAAUUAUAUCCAAUAUAGGUAUCGAUAUUUCUAUCACAAACCCGUCGAGAUUGACAUUGGUAUACUUUCUUUUGCGUGUACGGAAUUACCCACACACUGUACGAAAUUAGACUCGUGUAGGUUAAUGUACAUGACAACAAUUUCUGAAGUAUCCAAUCAAAACUCGCGAUAUAAAAAGCAAGUUAAAUAUAGCCCAAUGGUCCCGGCGUCCACUGCAGUUUUCAUUUCUCGGUAGAAAACAGCCGAUAACCGUCCAUAUUGAUUCUUGUCCGAAUGCGUACGGAAUUAGCCGCAUCGACUCUACAGUCAGGUCUACAGGUAUUGUAU